ACCUGCUCCCCCUCCCCCUUCUCUCUCCGUUCCUCCUCUUCUCCCUCCUUCAUAGAAAUAAGAACCCAAGGCAUUAAGGUGCAUAGAAAUAGAUUGAAAUCAUGGCGAGCCUCAUCGACAAGGCGAAGGAGUUUGUUGCAGAGAAGAUUGCCAACAUACCGAAGCCGGAAGCUACACUCACCGACGUGUCCGUCAAGAGCUUUAACCGGAGCUCCGCCACGUUCCACAGCGAGGUCACCGUCACCAACCCCUACAACCAUGCCCUCCCCAUCUGCCAGAUCUCUUACACCCUCAAGAGCGCCGACAGGGUGGUGGUGUCGGGCACAAUACCGGACCCAGGGUGGAUCAAGGCGGCAGGAGAGGUGACAAAGUUGGAGGUUCCAUUAAAGGUGCCAUAUGAUUUCCUGAUAAGCUUGUUGAAGGACAUCGGGCGAGACUGGGACAUCGACUACGAGCUCGAGGUGGGGCUCACCAUUGAUCUUCCCGUCGUCGGCAACCUCACCCUUCCACUCUCCACCAAGGGCGAGAUGAAGCUUCCUACUCUCUCUGAUAUCUUCUAGUGAGAGGUCUUUUUUCUAGUAUAUGUGGGAGAUGAAGGUGGUCUUCUUCUAGGUCUUCUUCUAGUAUAUGGAUUAAUAAAAGGUUUUUUAAGACUUGAGUUCUCCCAGUUGCAAAAAGAGAACUUUCCUUUCUUCUCUGGAUGCUGAUAGAGCAAUGCAUGGCAUCCCCGAUCCAUGUUUAAAA